UGAGAGCAGUCUGCUCUGCUGCCGAUCCACUGUAGUUACAGCUGACAUUUCUGCCGCCGCUUCCCUGUUCCUCUGCAGCUGCAUCGCGCUUUUCGCUCUGAUUUUUUUAAUGUGCAUUAUUUCUCGUUAGCGCGUUUUAUUUCAGCCAUCCUUCCUACGCUUCAGUGCAGCGCUGUUAUAGUCUCAUACAGAUAAAUAAGGAAGUAUUUGCGGGAAAUACCGAACCGAGAAGCUCAUUUCAGUCGACGUUGAUUUGAAAGAAGACAUUUGAUCUGUUUGGACUGAUAACAGUGAGACAGCGAGCAAAGACAUGCAGCGGAGAGGUCAGUGAGGAUGACAACAGAGGCAACGGAGACGGAGGGAUGAGAAGCAGACUCAAGUAAGAGGAGGAAGCGGGAUUCCAAAGUGCCUACAGUACGGUUUUGUCCUACAGCAGGAGAGAGGGCUCGGUGUUCGUUUGGCCUUGAAUGGAGGCUAUAUUUUGUCCUGACAGCCACAAAGUCAUCCAUCCCACGUUGCUGAGCUGCAGUCCCCACAUUCCCAGAGCUGAGCUGAAGCUUUGUCUCAUCAUUACAAGGACAUUACGGGUGUAAGGUUCUGCUUUUUCCCCCUCUGUCUGUCAGAGAAUAACAACUACAACAAAGCUGCGGCGACUUCCUCUGCUCUGACCAUGUUGACAUGAAUGUAAAAGAGACGCAUCUGAGCGGACUAUGGUGAUGUUUUCUGAACGUUUUUCUUUCUUUCUCUUGAGACAGAGCUGGUCUCUGCUCCCAGUUAACCCCUGCUAUCUCACCCAGUAAAACUUCAGCUGACAGUUUUCCCAGGAACAGCUAAUAAACAUCCCCCAAAAUACUCCAGUCUAAAGGGACUUGCUACCUAUUUGCUCUGAAGGAAAAAUAUUUUUGCUUUUUUUUUCCCCAAGGGGAUUUUUUUUCUCUCUCUCUCUUGAAUCACUAUUAGUCAGCCCUGCUUGCAUUAGACCAUUUUUUUCCAUCCACUCGCUCCCACCCCUUGCUCAGUGUCUGUGAGCAUCUCAGAUGGCUGUCAGCAUGACCAUGGGACGAGACACCAAAUGGCUGACCUUGGAAGUGUGUCGCGAGUACCAGAGAGGCACCUGCUCGCGGUCUGACACCGAUUGUAAGUUUGCACAUCCCUCCCGGAGCUGCCAUGUGGAGAACGGCCGAGUCAUCGCCUGCUUUGAUUCGCUCAAGGCCCGAUGCACACGAGAAAAUUGUAAAUACCUGCACCCACCUCCGCACCUGAAAACCCAGCUGGAGAUUAAUGGAAGAAACAACCUGAUCCAGCAGAAGGCCGCGGCGGCCAUGUUGGCUCAACAGAUGCAGUUCAUGCUGCCCGGAGCACAGCUGCAGCCGAUUACAACCUUUCCAGUGACUCCAUCCCUGGCAACGAGUCCCAGCAUGGCGUUCAGUCCAUAUCUGAGCCACAUGGGCCCAGCCGUGGGCCUGAUGCCGGACCUGCUGCCCAGCACGCCCCUCCUCGUCCCCGGCAGUCCCACCAGCCUCACAGCGAUGGGCAACGGCACCUCGGCGCAGAAGCACACUCGCACAGACAAGCUGGAGGUUUGCAGAGAGUUCCAGCGCGGCAACUGCACACGGGGUGAGAGCGACUGCCGCUACGCUCACCCCCUGGAGGCUGGCAUGGUGGACUGCAGCGAGAACUCCGUCAUUGUGUGCAUGGACUACAUAAAGGGCCGCUGCAGCAGGGACAAGUGCAAGUACUUCCACCCUCCGGCUCACCUGCAGGCCAGGAUCAAGGCUUCGCAGCACCAAGCCAGUCAAAACACAGCGCCUGCUCCCUUGGCUUUAGCUCCAGGAGGCAUGCAAACGCUGCCAAAGAGGCCGAUUUUAGAGAAGAGCAACGGCGCUGCAGCUGCAGUCUUCAACCCUAGCAUGUUCCACUACCAGCAAGCCCUGGCUAACAUGCAGCUCCAGCAACCAGCCUUCAUCCCCACUGUAGACUCCUCCGAGCUUCUGACCCCUGACCCGGUGGAGCUGCAGUGCGUUCCCAUGGAAAACCAUUUCUGCCCCGUCCCCAAACUGCUGGUGGCGGCUCCAGUGGGAAUAAACUCAGUAAGCCUUUCACGAAACCCCAGUUAGAGUCCCUGAAAACCUGCAGCUCUGCAGCAAACAUGUGCCUCGCCCACAGUGCGCACCGACCGAGUGUCAGUGUGAAACUUCUUAUACAAUGUUUAUAAAAUAAAAUUUAAAAAAAGCUGCAAUGGUUCACGCAAUACGAGCCUGAACUUAAAGCUGCUUCACUGCAGCCGUAACGAUGCAUCCUGACGUGAUGAGCAAUAGAGCUCCCUCGUUCUGACAGCCAUACACACACCACACCUUAAACGUGCGCACCCACACACGCACACACACAUUCAAGACUAAAAGCCCUUUAUGGGUUGCAGCCAUUAUCUGAGGCAGCCCAACACACCUGACCGAUCCAAAGUAAGAAAAGUUCAUUCUGGAUACUCAGAACAUUGGAGCUGCAAACGGACCUGCUGCUGGUCUUCAACCAUGACUUGUUUUAAAAAUGAAAGAAUGUUUCAUAACAUGUGAACAUUUAUGUUUCAAGACGGCUACAAAUCUAGUAUGUGUUGUACCAUGUGUUGUGUAUCAUUCAGUUUAUUCUCAUCCGAUGCCUGAUGAAACUUCAGAAAGAAGCUGUUAAUUUGUUUGUGCCUUUGAGUUUUUCCUGCUGAGCUGCAGAGAAGACCUGGUUUCUAAAAAGGAUUAAAAAAAAAAAACUAAACAGCAACAAUUAAAGAGAUGUCCACAUGUGAAAUUAAAGGCAAUACCAAUUUCAAGUUUGCUGCAUAUCAGCGAGUGGCUGCUAACAAGGGACGAUUGUAUUAAACAAUGAAGGUGUUAACAGUUGGGUUUCAGGAAUUUGCAGGAUUCAAAGGUUUUUGCCUGAUUUUAAAUAUUGUUAUCUGGAUUAAAGCACCAAAUGAGGCAUCAUUAAACAUGUAAAAUUAGGUUGCAUUCAGUAUAACUUAAGGAGGCAGAUAGGAGGUUUUUAGACCCCCUUCACACCAGAUUAAGACCAGCCUACAAUAAAACAUUUGGGACAAAAUUCAAUCCAGGGCCAGUCCUAGGUUUUUUUGGGGGGGCCUAAAGCAAAAUGUGAUUUGGGGGCCCAUUAAUAUUACAGGCAUUUCAAUAGAGAUUUGGUGUAAUCUUGGAGAGAAGACAGAGUUUAAUUCUCUGACCUUUAAUUCAAUCUAGGAUAAUUAUAUCAUUACUAUUUACGGACAAACCGACCUCUAACAGAAAGCAAAAAUUUGAGGAAAAGGUGCUUACUAUGAAAUUAAAAUGAAAGCAAAAACAUUAUUAAUAAACAAUUAUUACUUGCGAUAUACCUAACAUUUACUAUUUCAUAAAAGUUAGAGUUUGUUAGCAAAAAUCUCAUCCAAAAUGCUAACGUGUUCAUUGAUAUCGAAUGUGUGAGCUUUGAAGCCAAAUUUGUACCAAUGUUUAGUUUAAAUUGGAGCCAGCAACAAGCACAAAUGAGGAUAGACACAAUUUGGAGGUGGUGCGCCCCUUGUCACAACUGGCUGCAGUAGUUUAGUGAAGAAGCCUAUUUGCUAGCAGGAAUUGGUUGUAGCUAGUGAUACACUUUUCUGCCAAUAGUGUCACAAUAAUGCUGAUGAUUUUAACCAUCAUGUUCUUAAUUAUAUCCUCCUUAUCAAUCCCACAAUACUGAACGUUGAUGUCCGAUCUUAGUCCAGCGUGAAGGGGAAAUUCGGACUUUGGUCUUGAAAAACAAACUGCCUUAAAUAAUUAUUGCCGGAUCUAUUCUGUUUGUGGGGUUUUAUAGUGCAACAACUAAAAAGAAAGGGUUUGUUUGUUUUCAUUCUUUCAGUAUUUGAUUUAACGAACUCAUAAUUGUUUCUGUCUUCUACAUAAAUCUUAUAAUAAAUUGAUUAUAAUCCUGAGUCAGCUCAAAUAUUGCAAACUGUUAACACUGACACCUUUUCUUCCCAUCUGAUGUCAGCCAUUGCACAAGGCGGAAGCUGGAUCUGUUUCCUAAUGUUGUGCCUAAAGUCUGUAUAUGCAAGAAGUUGCCCAUUUAUCGCAAUACCCAAGUUAAUUCAUACAAAUAAUGUGCAAAUGUUGAACGCAGAGAUCCAUCUUAAAAAAGAAAUUUCUUUGUGGUAUUAUUAGUUUCAUGCUGCUUUUUAAGUAAAUAAGUGGCACAAGAUUUAUUGUUUAAAGGCACUUCAGGGAGAAAUCUUAGAACUUGAAAAUGUCGUGUCCGACUUUAUAUCAUCACCUUUUCUACUGCUGUGUUCUUUCUGUCAGAAGUCAUCAGAGUUGAAUGAUAAGAACAGGUAGAAAAUGGAAAAAAUAAAUCAGACGUUAGGGGUAAAAAAAAAAAAUACAAACACACCUGUUAUUUUCAUUGAAAUGAACUGCUUUCUUUGUUGUGAGACUGAACUUGGAGAAGUGGGCAGAAAGCAUUUUCAUUCAAGUUCAAAUGUGCCUCUUUCAAGUCUCCUUAAACCAUCACUGUCGAAACACUGUAAGAACUACGAGUGCUCAAAGAUGCAUCGCUCAUUUAGUAAAUUGUUAAUGUACGAAACCACGUCUAGUUUCUUCUCAGAGACAGCUGUGCUGUCUUAUUGUCAGUGUAAUAAAUACAUAAACCAGUGAGGUGAGUGGUGGGGGUCAAAUGUGAGAAUAUUAAUUUCACACAGAUUUAGUUGGUUUUAAGUGCUGCAGAUGUUCCAGCAUUUCCAUUUUAGAAUAAUGUUGAUGUGUUGUGAAUGUACCUAAUGCAAAAAAAACUAUACAUGUGCCCCCCUGAACGACAGGCAUGCUGAAAUGUUACUAUCACCAUAUAUAAACUAUUUCAGAGGUACCAUGAUGAUACUGUGUUACGAUGUAUAGAAAUGUAUGUAUUGUUAUAUAGAUUUAUAUUUAAUGUCAUUACGUGGUGUGGCUACAAACAGAAAUAUUUUUCACCUUUAGAAAAUUUAGAUCAGAGUUGUGCUGUUUGAGGUGCAAAUGCAGCAGAAAAUAAUUUCUUUAGAGAACACUAAUUAUAAAGACGUAAACAGGUUAUGUAUCUGUAAGAAACUUUUUUGGAAACGUGUCCAAAGUUUAUUUCUGUCAACUCGCACGUCUCUCUUUGAACUUUGCUUUGCAGAUCAGACUUUAAUUAAAUGUUUUAUUGCCAAAACUAAGACUAAAUUUAAAUGUGAAGUUGUGUAUGCUCAAAAACUUACAUGCGUCUAUACAAAAUUAUGUAUGGGUCUAAAACUUCAUUUCAAGCAUGUCUUCUUUGGUUGGUCCCAUAUUUAAUGGAGCUUGUUUUUUCUAUCUGUUUUUAAUGUGGGAAAAGGUGCACUAAAAACAAAUCUGCAUAUUUGAUAGACAAAGAGAAAGUCAAUGUGGCACACUUUUUUCUAAUAUAAAAUUCAGUUCAUGCAGCUCUGCAGCUUUCACAUUCUCCAUUCAUUCAUUUUUUCAUUUUUAUUCUUUCUUUUCUUUUCCCAUCUUAUGAGGCAGAUGACAGAGAAACUGCAGAAAAACUGCAAUUUCCUUUUGAUUUUUAGCCCAUAAACACCGAAUGAUCCUUAUUAGUUUCCCACAUUUACAUUUGACAGAGAAACACAAACUUUCAGUAAAAAUGUUCAAUAAAUGUUUCUAAUUUUUAAAUAAUAUCUUUUAAUUUACUUGGAUUAAACUGACCUUAAGCUGUCAAAUUGAACAGAGUGUCUUCUCAGCUCUAUAAUGACGAUAUUUUUAUUAUUUGAGGAAUAAAACGCACUUACUAAAGUAAAUAAAAAGCACCCUCCACAAUUGUUGAGACCUGUGUUAAAAGAUGUCACAAUUUUCAACUGGAAACAUUAGAAAAAUUAUUCCUUUAAUUUAAGUGCUUUUAGUUUUUUAACAGUCACUAUUAUUUUUACCUUUAUGAUUUCCUAUGAAAUAGCUGUAAUUUGUUAUUUUAUAUAUUUUUAAGUCAAUAAAAAAUAUUUUUUCCUGAUGUUAAAUGACAAGUGUCACUUUUAGACACUGUUUAACAUGGGAAAGACAAGAGAACAUGCCACUCAAGUGAAGUUGUUGUGUAUUAGAAGAAGACAGGAAUGGCUACAAGAAAGUAGCUUUUUUCCUAAAUUAGCUCAUAUUUACUGUCAGAAAAAUGGUUAAAAGUUAGAAACACUUGGAUUGAUGACAAGUCACAGGACAGUAAAGAAGAUAAGAAAAUCCCCAAAGCUCACUGUUUGAGGAAAUCAGUAAAUUUUGGCCUCACAAAGUCUCCAAAACGAGGAUUUACUUCAAGGAUUUUGUGCCAAUAAUUGUGGCUGGUGCUGCAAGUCUGCACAGUGAAUCAAACUGGAUGUACUUUACAAGCCUAUUACCUCAAAAUGAGCAAUUUAAUCUUUUCAUAGAUCAUUCUGAAGUAAACAAAAACAGCUGAGAAAAACGGAUUUUCAUGCCAAGAAAGUAAAAAACUCACUCCUCUUGCUAAUCUAACUUCAGACUACCUUCACUGACUUCAGUGACAAAACAUCAAAUUAAAUAUUAAAUAUAGACUGCUUGAAUUUACUACUUGGUGAUCUACUUUUCUGACCACCAUUUGAAGCUGUGACACAUUUAAAUAAAUGUCACCCCUUAUAUUUUAAAAACUAAUUCACACCAAACUGCAAAAUAAUAUAAAUGAAAAAUCAAUGGCAAGAAAAUGACAACAUGGCUACCUUUCUAUUAUCAUAUCAUUUUUAUUCUUAUAAACUUAAUUACCUGUUUUAUUUGAGAAAAGGAAUGUCUAAUUAGCUUGUAUUGUGCUUGAACAUUUUAUAUAGACCGCUUAAAUCCUUGUGAUUUCCAAAGUCAGGUCAGGUUUUAUUUUGUUUGCUUUUGUUGGCCAUAAAUGUUUGUCUUCUUGUACAUUAUGGUUUUUUCAGAAACAAGAAAGGACUUUUAAAGCAAACACGUUUCUGUCAACAAGGUAAAGAGGCUUUUUGGACAAACUGUAAAGUCAAACUAAUUCACCUUCUGCAAACCAAACAGUCUGCCGCUGCAGAGCUUUUGUUGGCAAGUCGUGUUUCAGUUUGGGCCAAAAAUAGUCCAGAAGUCUCUUGAUGUUGAUGUCCAGCUGUGCUGGAUGAUGUCAGUCCUGACUAACAUGUACAAGAAUGUGUAAUGUUCACCUCGUUUGCACUUAUGUACAUAAAUACUCCAAAUUUAUUUUGAAUAAUACAGAUAAAAGAGAUGAUUAAAAAUAACCAAUCAGCGUAUUGUUAGCGGUGUGUCUAUUGUUUUAUUACAGUGUGAAAACAAUUGAGGUAUCUGUCCUUUUGUUUGUGUGUUGGUGAUGACACGCAUUAAACUGUGUCAACUGUAAACUGUGUUUGGUUUGCUCCAGAGAAAUAUUUCUUUCAUUAUUCUCUAACAUUGAAAAGAACAAGUGGAUAACCACAAAGUCUGCAAUAACUUUAGGAGAUCAGUGCCAUCUUUGCCCUUAAAUCCAUGUCGUUAUUUACAACAUGUAGGAAAAUCACCUCCUGAAGCUGAAAAUAGCCAGAAGGAAAGAAAAAAAUAGGAUGAGCAGAAGGAAAAUAAGAGGAGAGCGUGUGCCGGAUGUGCUUACAGGGUUUAAAUUUGAAAUUCUGAUUUUACUUCUGCAGAAGCAUUCUUACACAGACAUGAUUUUAUCAGAAACUGACAUGUCAAGCGAAUGCAUUGCUAUUGGAGCGAGUGAUUUUGUUGCCAUGGCUCCGGUCCAUGUUGUGGAUUGAUUGAGUCAUGCAUCUGAAUUAGUUCACAGCCCUGCGACUGCUGAGUGUUGAAAUGGAUCUCUGAUCCAAGCAAACUCCCUGAAGCUUCAAUGGUUCUCUUCAUACUCUCAGCCUCUUCACACUGGGGCUUUUUUUUGUUAUUUUUACCACUUACAGGUGAAUAAUUUCUCAAGUUUAUGUAUUGUCUGUUUGCUGUUAUUGUGCCUUCAUAGUACAAAGUGUAUUUUUUUGUUAAAUUCACAAACAACGGUAAACUGAAUGUGUGUAUGGGUGUUUUUUUUCUAAGUCUUGUCUGUGCAUCAUCGCGUUUUGGUAUAAGUUGAGUACAAAAAUCACAGACUGAAUGUCGGCCUGUUGGAGACGAAGAAGGCCUAAAGCUGUUGAGGACUAAGCCAUAAGAAAAUCUUUCCCGGACGCUUUAGGACAGACUGACUGCUGUUUCUAACUCAUUUAUUGUUUCAUUCGGCUUUCUGCUUGUGGUGCUUGUAUGUGCUGCUGUGCUCCACGCAAAUUUACUUUGCACUGUAUAGGUAUUGAGAGUUAAUGUGCCUAUAAUCAGUUCUGCUGUUUCUGUUUGACCUUAAAUAAAACACAUCAUGGUAAUCC